AGCAUACGCGGUCCGUGGAGGCAGACGGGGAGACAGCUCAAGCGAACGGAUUUAAAAUGAGGAUUUUAGAAAGAACGAGUGCGGACCCAGAGCCGAAAACAAACCCAUGAACAGAGAGAAGGCUGGUGGGUGAGCGACACCUCCAUUAUCCAUCAGAAAGAAGGGGAAUGGGAAUUGGUGGAGAAUCGAGAGUUCCCGAAUGUUACCCCUCCCGCCUGGUACAGAAAUUUCCUCGGCAUGGGAAUGGAGACAAGUUCAAUCCAAGUAAUGGACUGGUGUUAGAAAGCGAGGAUUUGCAGUUGGGAAACUCAAUCCAAACAUCAUAUCAGGAUCUGAUGCAGUCGCCCAAUUUAUCGUAACCUGAAUGUCGUUGGAUUUUGAACAUGGAAGGAAAAAGCACCGUUCACAGUGGGGAGAAACUGUACACGUGUUCUGUGUGUGGCCGAGGCUUCAGCCGAUCAUCUGACCUGUCAGAACAUAAAUGCAGUUACAAUGAGGAGAAACCAUGGAAAUGUGGAGACUGUGGAAAAGGAUUCAAUUACCCAUCUGACCUGGAAACACAUUGGCGCAGUCACACUGGGGAGAGACCGUUCACCUGCCCUGAGUGUGGGAAGGGAUUCACUACCUCCUCCCACCUGCUGACACACCAGCGAGUUCACACUGGGGAGAGGCCGUUCACCUGCCCUGACUGUGGGAAGGGAUUCAUUGAUUCAUCCAACCUGCAGAAUCACCUGGAAAUUCACACUAGCCAGAGGCUGUUCACCUGCUCCAAGUGUGGAAAGAGAUUCACUCAGUCAUCCCACUUGCUGAAACAUCAGCGAACUCACAGUGGGGAGAGACCUUUUAAAUGUCCAGAUUGCGGGAAGUGUUAUAAAAGCUCCAGAGACCUGAUGUCCCAUCAGCGUGUUCACACUGACGAGAGACCUUUUAAAUGCCCAGACUGCGGGAAGAGUUUUAAAAGUUCUGGGGAAGUGAUGUUCCAUCAACGUGUUCACACUGAUGAGAGACCAUUCAGGUGUUCUCACUGUGGGGCUGGGUUCAGGCGUUCAUCUAACCUCACUGUACACCAGCGAGUUCACACUGGGGAGAGGCCGUUCACCUGCUCUGAGUGUGGGAAGAGAUUCACUCAGUCAUUCCAUCUGCUGACACAUCAGCGAGUUCACACGGGGGAGAAACCAUUCACCUGCUCCGAGUGUGGGAAGGGAUUCACUCAGUCAUCCUACCUGCUGAGACCAUUCACCUGCUUCGAGUGUGGGAAGGGAUUCACUCAGUCAUCCUACCUGCUGACGCAUCAGCGAGUUCACACUGGGGAGAGGCCGUUCACCUGCUCUGAGUGUGGGAAGGGAUUCGCUUUGUCAUCCACCCUGCUGAGGCACCAGCGAAUUCAUACCGGGGAGAGACCGUUCACCUGCUCCAAAUGUGGGAAGAGAUUCACUCAGUCAUCCCACCUGCUGACACACCAGCGAGUUCACACUGGGGAGAGACCGUUCACCUGCUCAGAGUGUGGGAAGAGAUUCUCUAUGUCAUCCACCCUGCUGAGGCACCAGCGAAUUCAUACCGGGGAGAGACCGUUCACCUGCUCCAAAUGUGGGAAGAGAUUCACUCAGUCAUCCCACCUGCUGACACACCAGCGAGUUCACAAGAGUGAUGAGAAGCGGAGUUGACAGAUUUCCAACCUGCAUGAGGAGAACCCACUGGAUUUCAAAUCCACCGUCUUAACCACUCGGCCACAACUACUCGGGAAGGAUGAUAGAAUGGAUACGGAGUGUUACAGAGAAAAAAGAUAUUCGGUCCAUCCAGUCUGUGCCCUUCCCUCACCCUUUCCUGGUCACCUGUAAUUUACUGUCUCUGUCUCUCCUUAUUCUCCCGACCAGAAUGAAACACUGCACAGCUCAGCUGCCCCUUGCCCACAUGAAGAACUUUCUGGAACAACCUAGCAGAGCAAACCACCCAAAACUUUAGCAGUGGUGGGAUUCAAACCCACAGCUCCAAAGAGACAAGAUCCUAAUUCCAGUACCACACAUUGCUCAACCACAUGACCACAUUCACAUCUGGAACAUUCAAAAUGACUAAUAAAGUCAUGAAAGAUG